AUGAGCGCGGGUCGCAGCGCACAAGGCUGCGGCGCUGCCGCCGCAGAUGGCCGCAUGACUCUCACGCGCAGCCCGGAGGCGGCGGAGAGUUUGCCUCGGCGCUGUGCGGCGGUGUCGCGGCCUCCCUGCGGUUCCGGCGGCCCCUCCGUCUGCCUCGAGGGCAGCCUGAUGGGGCAGACGGUUCUGCUGAGCCAAAGCACGCAGUGGCGGGGCCACACCGCGUCGCCGUCGCUGGCUGCCCCUGCGCCUCCUGCGCCCCUAGACAAGGGCAGCAGCGGCAACGGCAAUAGCGGCGACGGCGGCCAGGAGAGCCGCCCAGACUGCACGGACGCCCCGAGCGUCACGGUUUCCCUGGUAACUUCCGUGAACGAGGGCCCGAGUCCGUGGCGGCGGGUGCAGCUCGUCACGCUGCCCCCCUCCAGCGUGGUGUGUGGGAGCCCGCUGCCGACGAUCCCUGCGGGGGCGGCGACGACGCCGUGCGCCCAGCGCGCCGUCCGAACUGAGCAGAACCCAGCUCAGACCGGCGCGGCGCCGCCGCUUGCGAUGUCCAACUCGCAGCGCAACAUGGAGGCCUCCGCCAGCUACGGCGACAGGACGCCGCUGCGUGAGGCGAGCCCCUCGCGGCCGCAGUCUUCCGUCCUCUCGGUCGGGGAUGCGUCGCGGCGGCUGAAUUUCUCCGGGAUGUCCAGUAGCAUGUCGUUUCGCCCGCCGGUUGCAAGCCCCUGCCUCGCGGAUCUCCCGAAGGGGUCCCCGUUGGUGUUUGACGGCUCCCUGAAAUCCACAACGCCGACGCGUGCGACGCCGGUUGCCGCCGCAGCGCUGCAGCGGCCGAAGCCACGCCCCACGACCCGGGGGACGCCCACGGCCGGCUCGCAGUUUGCCACCACCUUCUGCGGGCGGCGCUCGUCCUUUGCCCCUGGCAGCGGUCUGCCCCUCGCCCGUGGUGUGAUGGGGGGCAGCGGUGGGGGCUCGCUGCGCGCCGCCGCCGCGAAGGGCCACGUCUUUGCGGACCCACACGACCCGGCCGCCUUGGCAAGGCGUCAAAAUCCAUCGGUGACCCCCGCGCCAGACACGGGUGUGUUUCAGCCAUGGAUGCCGCUUGGCCACGAGCAGGAGGCGCCUGCGGCGGCGGCGCCAGCGUGGGUGCCGCUGGGCCAGGGGAUGGAGUUGCUCGGGCAGAGCCGCAAUGAACCCGCCGGCGCCGAGGGCGAUGACGCGGGGAAGAAGAGCCCAUCCCCUGCCCGCUUUGAGGCCACCGGGCUUGGCUUUAGCGGCAGCGCGGAGGGCGGCCCCCAUGCGACGGCAAUGCUGGAAGCGACGGUGCUCGAGAUGCGGCUGCAGGAGGGGUCAAUUUCGGUCUCGGUGCCGUCCCCCGCCAACACCCCGGCGCUCGCGGAAGGCGAGGAGCACCGGCACGCCAAGCCCCCACAGGAGGCGAGGGAGGGCGCGGCGGAGCCGGGCGCGGAAAGGCGGAGGCCCUCCCUGCGCAACCGCUCCCCCUCGCAGGUGAACGUGGAGCCGCACGCCGUGGUGAAGCAGGAUGCCCCGGCCGCGGUGAGUCCCGCCCCGGCGCAGCCAACAGAGGCGCCCGCGCCGACACGGCAGGCGUGA